AUGAUGCGCCGAGCUUUGAGUGGCGUUAUUGCCGUCCGAGCGUCGGCGAUGCGCAACUACACAGAUGCCCGCACUAUUCGCCAGCCCAACCCAUAUGACCAACUCGUCAACGCCGAGAACCAGCACUACGUGGAGAACCUCAUGCGGCAGUACGAGGCCGACAGCGCCCUUGUCGAUCCCAGCUGGGUGCCCGUCCUGGAGGCGAUUCGGUCCAGGAAUGACGAUGCCCCUGUAGUGUCAACAUUCAGCCGACCAAUCGAUGCCAAGUCGUUGUCGGAGAAGCAGCGUCACGACAAUAUGCGCCUUUCGUGGAUGAUCCGCGAAUACGAGCGGUUUGGCCACCACAUGGCGAAAGUCAACCCGCUCAGCGGCUACCACGCGGACAAUCGCAUCCUGGGCUCUCGCACACUGGCGCCGGAGGAGUUCUGCUUCAGCAAGGAGGAUCUGAAGCUUGUCUUCAACGUCACCCUUGGUGCCAGCUACGAUGCGACCUUCGUCAGCGGUGGUACUUCCAUGACGCUUCAGGAAAUUAUCGAUCAACUACGCCGAUUCUACUGCGGGCCAAUCGGGUUCGAGUUCAUGUCAUCGGGCUUCUUUGAGUUGCGUAACUGGUUCCGCCACGAGGUCGCAAACUCCCUGCAGCCCUUGCCAGACGAGGAGCGCAAGCUUUACUACAAGGACGUCAUCAAGGCCUGCGGCUUCGAGAAGUUUCUGCAGGUGAAGUACGCCACCAAGCAGCGCUUCGGCCUCGACGGCGGCGAGGCGCUUAUUCCAGCCUUGAACGCCGUAAUUCUCACCUCGAGCAACCUCGGCGUGCAGAGCGCGAUCAUCGGCAUGGCGCACCGUGGGCGCCUGAACGUCCUGGCGAACGUGCUACACAAGUCCCUACGCACCAUCCUCAACGAGUUCGAAGGUCGUGUGGCUAUCGAGAAUGUGCACGUCAGCGGCGAUGUCGAGUACCAUCUCGGCAAGCGCAAGCACGUGAAGCUGGCCAACAAUAAGUUGAUCGAGUUGGACCUGCUGCCUAACCCGUCGCACCUCGAAGCCGUAAACCCUCUGGUGCUGGGUAAGGCGCAUGCCCGCCAAGUCUACACGGACGAUGUGGAGUGCACAACGGUGCUGCCCAUCCUCAUCCAUGGUGAUGCCGCAUUCGCCGGCCAAGGAUCGUGCUACGAGACGAUGGGGUUCUGCGAGCUCGAAAACUUUCACGUCGGUGGCACACUGCACUUAGUCAUCAACAACCAGAUUGGCUUCACCACCAACCCCAAGGACUCGCGCGCGAGCGCGUACUGCACCGACCUGUCAAAGGUGAACAAUGCCCCAGUGAUGCAUGUCAACGGCGACGACGUUGACGCGUGCGUGAAAGCGGCCAAGAUUGCCGCACGCUUCCGCCAUCAGUUCCACCGCGACAUCAUCAUCGACCUCGUCUGCUACCGCCGCAACGGGCACAACGAGACCGACAUGCCCGACUUUACCCAGCCCCAGCUGUACGAGCAGAUCCGUCGGCACCCCUGUCUCGUCGACAUCUACACCAAGACCCUCAUCGAAGACGGCACACUGACGGCAGAAGAGGCCAAGGUGGAGAAGACGGAGUGGGACAGCGUCCUGCGCCAGGCGUACGAGCGCAUGAACAGCACGCAGAACUUCGUGAAGGUCAUGCCUGUGUUUGACCCCGAGAGCGAGAACACCUCAGCGGAUUUGUCGUACGCGAAGAUCGCCGCCGCCCGUGUGCCGCGGCCGGCUCCAGCGGUGGAGACCGGCGUCGAGGCCCAGACGCUCCGCGCUGCAGGCGUGCACCUCGCGUCCAUCCCGAAGGAGAUGCAGAAGCCGCACCCGGUGGUGGAGCGCACGUACGCUGCACGCAAGAAAGGCACGGAGCAGGGAGACGCAAUCGAGUGGUGCCAAGCAGAGCUCAUGGCGCUGGCCACGCUCUCGAUGCAAGGGGUGCCGAUACGGUUGACUGGCGAGGAUGUCGAGCGCGGUACCUUCACACAGCGUCACGCCGGCAUUACAGACAUGAAGACGAACCUAAAGUACUUCCCGGUGAAGACGGUGUCGCCUUCGCAGGCACUCAUCACCAUCUCGAACAGCUCCCUCUCCGAGCUCGGCGUGUGCGGCUUCGAGAUGGGGUACAACAUGGAGAACACCCGCUCCAUCACUAUGUGGGAGGCCCAGUUCGGUGACUUUGCCAACGGUGCGCAGGUGAUCUUCGACCAGUUCCUCAGUUGCUGCGAGGAGAAGUGGAAUGAGCACAGCAACCUCAUCCUGUCGCUCCCGCACGGCUACUCGGGUGCCGGCCCCGAGCACAGCUCUGCUCGUGUGGAGCGCUUCCUGCAGCUGAGCGACGACAGCGACCGAGUACCGUCGGACUUCCGCCACUUUUCCAACGAUCAGGCGCUCGAAAUCCGCAUCCGUCGCCACAACUGGCAGGUGACUUACCCCAGCACACCAGCCAACUACUUCCAUCUUCUGCGCCGCCAAGGACUGCGCGAGUUUCCGAAACCGCUUGUCAAUUUCUUCUCGAAGGCACGCCUGCGUGCGCCGAACUUAUCAAAACUGGCGGACAUGGCUCAGGGGUCCAGAUUCAAGGCGGUCAUUGACACCGCGCGCACCGAGGACACGGUGGCUCGCAAGGUCGCGUUCUGCUCUGGCCAAAUUGAGAGCAUUGUAAAUGAUGCGAAGACAGCAAUGCAGAAAGAGACCCCAGGCGUCCAUGACGACAUCGUCCUCGUCACAGUCGAGCAGCUGGCCCCGUUCCCUUGGGAGCAGGUCGCGGAUGUGAUGGAGAAGUACGCGCAGCGUAACCCCGAUACAGAGUUUGUAUGGCUGCAGGAGGAGCCACGCAACAUGGGGAUGUGGAUGCACAUGCGACCCCGCAUGAACAGCUUGAUGCGACAUCUCGGACUAAAGCAGAACCGCAUCAACGUCGUGAGCCGCUCAUCCUCAGCGUCGCCGUCCACCGGCUAUGGCUCCGUGCACGUGGAGGAAGAAAAGAAGCUUAUUCAGGAAAUCAUUGCAGGUUGA